AGAGGUUGCGUCUUUGCCCAUAUAGGUAGACUGGGCAUGUUUAUAUAGUUAUAUGGGUGUUAGUCCAGUUCUCAGGUGUUCUCAUGACCAGUACUAUGUCAUUUGUGUUUGUAUCUCUCCCUGUAUAUUUGGCAAUGCGUUUUUACAAUUCCUGAUCAUAAGGAGGUGAGGUCAUGAUUGGGUGAGGUGUCUGUGGACAGAAAUUGUGCUAAAGAAGAACAGUUCCUAUUUUUUCUGGUUGUGUGUGGAGUCAUCAACAAGAGGACGUCGAGCCAUAAAUCUGAAAUCUAAGUCAUCUCCAAGCAUGGAUGAUUGGAGCUUAAUGUUCACUGAUGAGGAGUUGAGCCUCCUGAACUUCACUGAAUUGGAAUUUGUCAAGCCUGAGGACCUUGGUCCUGUGCUGGGGCCCCGUCACCUGUCCGCCCUGGUGUUCUAUAGCUUGGUCUUCCUGCUGGGGGUCCCGGGCAACGCUCUGGUGGUGUGGGUGACGGGCUUCCGCAUGCGGCGCUCAGUCACCUCUCUGUGGUUCCUCAACCUGGCCCUGGCUGACCUGCUGUGCUGCCUGUCCCUGCCGCUCCUCAUGGUGCCCUUGGCCAUGGACCAGCACUGGCCCUUUGGCCCCGUGGCCUGCAAGCUGCUCAAGGGACUCAUUUACCUGGUCAUGUAUUGUAGCGUGCUGCUGCUAGUACUUAUCAGCCUGGACCGCUGGCUGCUGGUCAGCUUGCCCGUAUGGUGCCAGAACUGGAGGAGGCCUCGCAAGGCCACCUGGGUAUGUAUCGGGUUGUGGCUCCUGGCCCUGCUGGGCAGCAUCCCCCAGUUUGUCUAUGUGAAGGAGGUCCAGCUAAGCACCAGUAAAUCAGAGUGCCUGGGAUCUCACACUAUAGUUAGCGGCUGGACUAUCACUACGGUACGCUUCCUGGUGGGUUUUGUGAUGCCAUUCAUCACCAUCGUGGCGUGUCAUUGGGUUGUGUAUAGCAGGGCCGGGCGGGGGUCUGGGGUGGGGUCUGGGAGGGUGAGUGAGGUGCGCUCCAGACGCACCUUGAGGGUCAUUUUUGCUGUGUUGCUGAGCUUCUUCCUGUGCUGGGUUCCACUGCACAUAUUGGAUUUCCUGAUCCUAUUGACCCCCCGGCACUCAUCGCACAGCGCCAACGUACAGCUGGCCCACACCCUGGCCCUCUGUCUUGCCUACUGUAACAGCUGCCUCAACCCUCUGAUCUAUGUGUGUCUGGGACGAGGCUUUAAGCAGAGCAUCAAUCGUUCCCUGCGCAGUAUGUUUAACUUCGCCACCGAGGAGCCGCUACCCAGAAAGAGCAUGUCCAGGAGCACAUCAGAAAAAACCCAGGAGAUGAAUAUUAUGUAAAGUUCUCUCUCUGUGUGUGUGUGUGUGUGUGUGUGUGUGUGUGUGUGUGUGUGUGUGUGUGUGUGUGUGUGUGUGUGUGUGUGUGUGUAAACCAUGAGAACCUGCUGAGUCAGAGUGUUUUGUGACAUUAAAAAGUGCUGAGAGACGUGAUUCGAAUCCAAUGUUGUGCAACAGAACAGGAACUUCUGCCCUCUCUGUAAUAUGUUUCCGCCAGCAAUCACACUUGUGCAAUUAGAUUUGGCUUUAUCUGUAUUUAAGAGCUCUAUUCAAUCAGAUCCGCUUUAGCUGACAUCCCCAAAGAGGUUGUUUUGGCGGUGUGAGAGGUGGAACUGCGUUAGAGCUGUCAAAUCCACAAGCGGAUCCUGGCAUUGCAGUAUACCUGAAGCGGACAUUGCCAUUUGCUACAUAGUCGCACGAACAGAAAUCCCAUGCAGUGGAAUGUGAGACAGUGGAAUGUGAGAUAUAAUCUAUACCUCAAUUAGGCUGAUAGAAAUCCUCAUUAUUUUGUUUAAUGAUUUUCAACUUGACUGUAUGGCUUCAUGACAAUGAUCAAGAGCAGCUGCUCACCGAUUGGAUAGCUCUAAUGUAUUUACACCUCCAAAAUAUCAGCUAUGUGAGUUUUUGUUAACGCUUGAUCUGAUUGAAUCUAGACUGUUGCGGGUUACCCUGGGGGUCGGGUGUGGGGCCACACCAGUGCCAUGAUUACUGUAUAUAUGUGAUAACCUUUGUAUGCUUGCAAUGCGCAAUGAUGGAAAGUACUGGGUAAAUGGAGAUAUACUGCUUUAGUUCUCAGGCUGUGAAUUGUCUGCACCUGCUGAUAGUCACACAGGCUCAAGGCCGAGAUAGUAGAGUGAGAAACCACAGUCUGCUCCUGCUGAUAGUCACACAGGCUCAAGGCCGAGAUAGUAGAGUGAGAAACCACAGUCUAGACAUGUUUUUCUCAUCUUAGAUACUUUGUAUCUAAUCCAAUGCAACAAUGUUAACUUCUUAGUGAUCCCUUCGCGCGCCAAUCCCGUUAACGGGAUUGAUUUGACAACAACCAGUGAAAUAGCAGCGAGCCAAAUUCCAAAACAGAAAUACUCAUAAUAAUAAUUCAUAAAUCAUACAAGUGUUAUACAUUGGUUUAAAUAUGAACUUCUUGUUAAUCCAGUCAGUGUCAUAUUUCGAAAAGGCUUUACGGCAAAAGCCAACCAUGCGAUUAUCUGAGGACAGCGCCCAGCAUACCAACACAUGAAAAUCAUAUUUCAACCCGCCAGGCGCGACACAAAAGUCAUAAAUAACGAUAUAAUUCAUGCCUUACCUUUGAAGAUCUUCUUCUGUUGCCACUCCAAUAUGUCCAUUAAACAUCACAAAUGGUCCUUUUGUUCGAUAAAUUCUGUCUUUAUAUCCCCAAAAUGUCCAUUUAUUUGGCACGUUUGAUUCAGAAAAUACACCGGUUCCAAACCUCGCAACAUGACUACAAAAUAUCUAAUAAGUUACCUGUAAACUUGAUCCAAGUAUUUCAAACAACUUUCCUAAUACAAAUUUAGGUAUUUUUAAACGUCAACAAUCGAUCAAAUUUAAGACGGAAUAAACCGUGUUCAAUAGCGGAUAAAAUGAAAGUGGAGCGAGCUUUCAGGUCGCGUGCCCCAAACACAACAGGACACUUGGCUCGACUCCCAGAAAGGAAAUGGCUACUUCUUCAUUUCUCAAAGGAAAAACAUCAACCAAUUUCUAAAGAGUGUUGACAUCUAGUGGAAGCCAUAAGAACUGCAACCAGGUCCCUCAUAAAUCUAGUUCCCCAUAGAAAACAAUUGAAAAGAGAGUGACCUCAAAAAUAAUUAUUCCUGGAUGGUUUGUCUUCGGGGUUUCGCCUGCCAAAUAAGUUUUGUUAUAGUCACAGGCAUAAUUUUAACAGUUUUAGAAACUUUAGAGUGUUUUCUAUCCAAAUCUACUCAUUAUAUGAGUGUUGUCCCCUGUUUCGCCACACAGAUCUUUACUAUGGACUACUGAGGUACUCUGUAUGUGAAUCUCUGCCUGCAAUUGCAUUGUAUUACUAAAGAGUUUUAUACCAAGGUUCCUGUGUCUGUGUCAUCUAUCUGGAAGACUGAUUGUUGAAGGAAACUUACAUCACCCCAUGCAAAGGACCACCCAACAAGAUCUUAGUUUAGAUUUUAGUUCAUUGUCAUAGAUGUCAUUUUGACAAAUAUGUCAUGUUUCAGCCCUUAGAUAAUAACAACAACUCUUAAUGAGCACACCACAACAUGAAUUGUGUCCUCCAAAAAAUAUAAGAAAUGAAAUAAAUAAUGCUGAUCUUGUAAAUACAUGUCUUUGUGUUGAAAUAAAAGUUUGCAUGAAAUCAA